UAAUUGGUGGAUGCAGAACGAAAGUGAUCAUUGAAGGUCGACUGUCCUUUUGGAACACUGAAGAGCCUAAACUUAUGUUCUGUCGCUAGAGAGGGGAGGCUAUUCAAGGUUGGAGUUCGGGCUGCAGUAAGCUGAAGUCUCUUGAAGUGGACGCGCAAUAGACGCUGGAACAGAACUGAUCAGUGGUAACGAGGAACCGGGAAACCACCGUUCAAAGCGUCUGUGGGGUGGAAAACCAGUGUAUGUCCUAGGUGGUCCGAGUGUUGGGGAGAUGGAGAACGGAGGGCUGAAGGCGAUGGGGGCCAGUGAGGACAGCGUGGAGUUUAGGCUGCUUAUGGCAUAUGCGCAGAAGAGACGGCCGCAGCCCACCAACGGAGACGCCACGCCCCCGCCAGCCAAGCCCCCGGCAGAGAAGAAGAAGAAGAAGAAGAAGACUAUCAAGCUGAAGAAACUGUUCCUGGGGUGCAUACACCCCGAGAAGGAGGACUCUGAGACCAGCACAGACCCUGAUGCCCUGGGUGAUGGGGAGGCCCUGGGCAUCCUGGCAGACAGGCUCAGUAAGAUUGUGGAGUCAGUGGACCUGGGGCCUGGAGACAUUGAGACGGACGCACCUGCUGAUGAUAUUCAAGAAAUUGUAGAUUUACUGCGCGAGUCUGGAGACAAACUCAAUGAAGAGUUUAAGAGGAAUCCAUCCCUGGCCCAGCGCUUCCACAGAGAUUUCACCUACAGCCUUUUUGAGAGGAUCACCACCCUGUUCCUGCAGAGGGUGCCACUGUCUGAGAAUCACAGCACCAAGAGCCCACAGGAGGGCAACAUUGCGCUUACCUGUGAGGUCACCAGGAGGCUGACUGCUGUAGACGCCCACCCAAUGAACAUGGUGAUGGGCUUUGGAGCCAAAUACCUGCAGGAGCAUUUCUCCACCUGGGUCCAGCAGCGCGGCGGAUGGGAGAAAGCAUUGGCCAGUGGAGAAGAAGAUGAGGAUCCGUGAGACAGAGGGAUUAUGGUCUCCUGCAUCUUCAACCUGGUGCCAUGAAUCAAAACACUGUUAACUGUUAA